AUGGGCUCCAGGCUCCUCUGCUGGGCGACCCUCUGUCUCCUGGGGGUGGGGUACAUAUCAGCUGAAGUUGCCCAGUUCCCCAGCCACAGGGUCAUAGAGAAGAAGCAGGCUGUGAAUCUGAGCUGUGACCCUAUUUCUGGACAUGAUUCUCUCUUUUGGUACUACCAUGCUGUGGGGAAAGAAAUGAAGCUUCUGAUUUACUUCAUAAGAGAGUCUGUGCAGGACGACUCGGGGAUGCCCAAAGGCCGAUUCACAGCAGAAAGGACGGAAGGGACGUCUUCUACGCUGAGGAUCCACUCUGCAGAACUGGGUGACUCGGGAGUUUAUUUCUGUGCCAGCAGCCGAGACACAGCGCUUCAGAGUUCUGUCCUUGCUGUGCAAAACCACAUCCUAUCCGCUCCUCUCAAGUCAGGCAGCCCUGAACAGAAGUCUUUCUCUGUGCCGCCUCCCAAAGGAAGAGAGGAGGGGAAGAACUGGAAUUAA